AUGAGAUCCGCGGUCCGGAAACCUCGUUCUUGAUUUGAGCGAGUUCUCGGCGGCAUGCGGGAAAGUAGACGGACGUUCUCGCGCUGCGGCUCUCCAGGGCGGCGUGUCGGGGCCACGGCUCUGGCGGCGGCGCUGGCGCUCCUGGUGUGGCGCUUGCCCGGGCCGGCCCGGGCCCUGCCGGGCAAGUGGCCCAUCCAGCGGAUGACCAACUUCAGCGGCGACAUCCUGCUGGGGGCGCUGUUCCCGGUGCACGAGCGCAACGCCACCUACGAGUGCGGCCGCAUCCAGGACGAGGGCGUGCAGCAGCUGGAGGCCCUCCUGUACACGCUGCAGAAGAUCAACAACGACAGCGCGCUGCUGCCGGGCGUCACGCUGGGCGUGCUGGCGCUCGACUCGUGCGACUCGACGGCCUACGCCCUCGAGCAGUCGCUGGACUUCGUCAAGGGCUUCAUCGCGCGCAGCAGCAUGGGCUUCUCGUGCGCCGACGGGUCGUCGCCCGCGUACCGGAGCGGCGCCUUCGACCGCGUCGUCGGCGUCAUCGGCGGCCAGUCGAGCGCCGUGUCCAUCCAGCUGGCCAACCUGCUGCGCUUGUUCCGCGUGCCCCAGGUGAGCUACCAGUCCACGAGCCCGACGCUGAGCAACAAGGACAAGUUCGGCUACUUCUUCCGCACCGUGCCGUCGGACGUGAACCAGGCGCACGCCAUCCUGGAGCUGCUGCGCGCCUUCCGCUGGACCUACGUGUCCGUCGUCUACUCGGACACGGACUACGGCAACAAGGGCUACGACAAGCUGCAGGAGCUGGCGGCACGCUACCGCAUCUGCCUGUCCAACCCGCAGAGCAUUCCCGGAGACCACUUCGCCGAGGCCGACUACGACGCCGUGCUGCGGAGCCUGACCCACAAGAGCAACGCCCGCGUCGUGGUCGUCUUCACGGACAAGCGCACGGCCAGGAGUCUCAUGCGGGCCGCCUGGAGGAGGCGCGACCGCUUCGUCUGGAUCGGAUCGGACGCCUGGAGCGGGCUCGAGAGCGUCGCCCAGGGACACGAGGAGAUCGUCGAAGGUGCCAUCACCGUGUCCCCCAUGGUGCAGUCGCUGCAGGGGUUCGACCAGUACUUCAACCAGCUGACGCCUGACAACAAUGUGCUUGACCCCUGGUUCCCGGAAUACUGGGAGGAGAAGUUUCAGUGCAGGCUGCCCGAGUUUCAGGAGACACCGUUCAACAGCCAGUUCCGGCUCUGGUGUCCGAGUGCUCGCCGUCGCCUCCACGUGAAGGCGGGCUACCGGGGUUUGCAGUUCGUGCGCGAUGCAGCCUACGCAUUCGCGCACGCCCUGCACGACCUGCAGAGGGACCGUUGCGGCGCCCAGCAUCAGGGACUCUGCCCCGCCAUGGACAAAGGCAUCCAGGGCCACACGCUCAAGCGAUACCUCGAGAAGGUCGCCUUCAAGGGUCGUUUCCAGGUGGGUUGCUUCCUCAGUCCAGGAUUCCAUAGUCCCGCGCUGCCCGUUUGGCUGUGUUCACCAGUCGGGGCUGGUCCUCAGGAAUUGAGCUGCUUAGACGAGAGCGGGAAAACGUUCCGUUUCCUCCCGAGUGGCGAUGCACCUCCGCGCUACAGUAUCCUGAACUUCCAGAGGGUGGACAACGGGACGGCACAGGGCGCCGAGGCAGUACGCCCGCGCUACGCCUGGCGCCACGUGGGCAGCUACUCUCUGGGAGACGAGGGCGAGGCCAACCUCGACCUGGACUUGAGCGCGCUGCGGUUCAAGAGCGACGAGCCCCGCUUCCCUCGGUCCUUCUGCAGUGCCCCCUGCCGCCUGGGUCAGGCCAAGCUGCAGCUUGAAGGGGACACCUGCUGCUGGCUGUGCAGCAACUGCUCACAGUUUCAGAUUCUAGCGGACGAGUUCCACUGCCGCGAGUGCCCGCUGGGCACGGUCCCGGACCCUGAGUCUAAGGCCCGCUGCCUGCCGCUGCCGGAGGAGUUCCUGAGCUACGGCGACCCUUGGGCCGUGGCCGCGCUCGCCGUGGCCGCCCUGGGCGCCGCCUCGGUGGCCUUCGUGGCCCUCGUGUUCCGCGCCUACUCCGGCACGCCGGUCGUGAAGGCGUCCGGCCGCGAGCUGAGCUCCCUGCUCCUGCUGGGCAUCCUGCUGUCCUUCGCCCUCACGCCGGUCAUCGUGGCCAAGCCGUCGCCCUGGAGCUGCGCCCUCACCCGCUUCUUCCUGGGAUUCUGCUACGCCAUCUGCUACGCCGCGCUUCUCUGCAAGACCAUCCGGACGGCGCGCAUCUUCGGCGGCCAGCAGCCCUGCCGCCUGCGCUACACCAGCCCCAAGUCGCAGCUCCUGCUCGCCGGUCUGCUCGUGUCCGUGCAGGCGGUCCUGGCGGGCGUGUGGCUGCUCCUAGAGCCUCCUGCCGUGGCACACGUCUACCCCAGCCGCACGCGCAACGUGCUCGUCUGCCAGGGCUCCGACGGCGCCUCGUACCUGGUCGGCCUGCUGUACCCGUCGCUCCUCAUCGGCGUGUGCACCGUGUACGCCUUCAAGACGCGCAAGUGUCCGGAGGGCUUCAACGAGGCCCGCCACCUGGCCUUCGCCAACUACACGACCUGCGUCAUCUGGCUCGCUUUCUUGCCGCUCUUCCUUCUCAGCGGCUCGCCGACCAUCCGCACGCUGGCGCUGAGCUUCUUGCUGAGCCUGUCCGGCGCGGUCCAGACGGGCUGCCUGUUCGUGCCCAAGGUGUACGUGGCCCUCUGCAAGCCAGCCAAGAACACGCGCGAGGGCGUCAUGGGCCACCACCACGGCCGGUGCCUCAGCAGCCGGACCCCGCUCGCUCUCAACAACCUGACCAAGACGGACAACUUGAACGUGGUUCCGGAACCGCCCAGACUCGAGCCCCACCGGGGACAGAGCAAGACUCUCUGAUGACGUUCUCUCACCCGGUUCGCCUUCGCCUCGCUGCUGCUUGCAUGCUGUUAAUAAACGAGAUGCUGCAAUCAG